AGAACUUGGACUGUGCAGCACAUUCAUUUUAUGUCACACUUUCACCCGAUUGUGUUUUCUCUUAGCAAAUCACGCUGCUAAUUCCCAUCUUUCCACAUCUUUAUUAACAAGGUCCGGGUUUUGCAGCCUUGAAAAACAAAAGGCGAAGAAGAAAGCAAAAAAAAAAAAAAAUUAAGGAAAGCAAUUAAAAAGAUUGACAGCUAUGGGUUUGUACGAGACCUAUUUGCAAUUGUCAGGGUGACGUUGGCAAGGAGGAGGAGGAGUAAAAAAAAUCUGAAAGCAGGAAAAGCAGCUCGAUGUGUCUGUCUAUCAGUUGAGACUGUCUGAAAGCUCUGGGAUCUGAAUGUGUGCUAUAUUUCAGUGCAAAGAGAAGAGAGGGAGAGUGGAUUUCUUUCUCUCCCAGGAGUUUAAAGGGGGGGGGGACCCAGUUCAUGUUAAUCUCCCCCACUCUGUGAGUGUCUCCGCUUCCCCCACCCCCACCUUUCACACACUCUCUCUGGGGGUUGCCCUGUUUGGGGGCUUUUGUUUGUUUUUCUGUUCCAGCUCCAGAGCAACGCCAAAAAAAUAAUCCGUGUUAAAAACGUGUUUGCAUUAUACUAAUAUCAGAAGAAGCCGCGAUCUUUGGAAGGAAAAGAGAGACGGAAGCGAGGCGGAAAAGUAACGCUCUCCGGUGGUGCCACCGUUUGAUCUUUGGAAGGUGGAGGAGGAGUGACUGACAUUUCCCAUCCGGUGCUAUCUGUAUGUAUGGGGGCUUUACCCCUUUUUGACUAUUUGCGGUUCUUGCUCAGACCAAGUGACGGCAGGAGAGGGGAAGACCGGCUCGACCUCGUUUUCUGCACCAUGAGAAAGCUCCGAUCGGCGCAAAAAGCCACCCUCGCCCCAAACCCACCGGCUCUCCGAAACAACCCAGCGGACGGGAAAGUUGCGCUUUGAGACUCUUUGAUCUUGGAGGAAGGCUUGCAAGGGGGGGAUCUAGAGGAAGAGAGUCGGGAUCCACCGUCUCCUCGCUGCUGCUGGCUCGUUGCUUCGCCCAGACGAAGAUGCAGAAGAAGUGAUCCGGGAAGGGUGGAGGGCGAAGAAGAAGCAGCAGAGAAGGGGGUCGGGGGGGUAGCCGGAUCAAGUGGAACGGAUUUGAUCUGAAGUGAGCCGACCUCUUCAUCUUGGCCGUGUUCUCGCCACCCCCCCUCCCCCCCGUUGCAUCUUCGACAGAGCGACCGAGACAGCUUUUGUUUUCUCCCUUCCAGUAACUUUGCAAACGCCGCCGGAAAAGAGGGGAGGAGGAGGAAAGCCCGCCAGCCGGCGGGGUCGACCGGGGUGGAGUAGGGGGCUCGGAAGGGCAGCGACCCACCUUGUCAAUGCAAACGUCGCCUCCGCGAGUUUUUGCAGCGGAGUCGUCCAUCGGCAUCCCCACGCCCGGUCCGGGGGCCGUCGCAUCCCAUCACCUGCCCCCCCUCCCGCCCAGCCUCGACUCCCCCUCGGCGUUGCAAGGAGCUGACCCGGGAGAAGGACGCCCCAACUGGGAAAAACGGAGCCGCGCAAACUUUUUUGCCCCCUUCCCCUUUCCCCCCUGCCCCCUUCUUAAGCGGCAUUAGAAGUUGCGGAGGACCUUUUGCAGCAGCCCGGCUCUUUCCCGACCCUCUGCCCCCCUCCCUCCGUUUUUUUUUAUUUGUGUUGUGUGUGUGUUUGUUUCUGCAUGAAAAGAGUGGGGCUUGCAAGAGUCCUGUGCGGAAACUCUCCAGCGGCGGCAGAGGGAGGAGGAGGAGGUGGAGGAGGAGGAGGAAGGGCGGCUGAAGAGACGGCGGCAACACCAGCAUGCCGAGGAGAAAGCAGCAAGCUCCCCGGCGCUCUGCAGCAUAUGUUCCUGAGGAAGAACUGAAAGAGGCAGAAAUAGAUGAAGCAAGCACUGAGGAUGAUGGGCUGGCUCUGGACAUCCAGGAAACCGAUUAUAUGUGCAGUGAAGAAGCAGAGAUCAAAGAGGCUCAGAGUUACCAGAAUUCCCCAGUCAGCACGGCAACAAAUCAGGACGCGGGUUAUGGUUCACCAUUUAGCGAAAAUAGCGACCAGCUGGCUCAUUUCAAAAACACUUCCUCCAAAGAAGAAAGAGAAGAUCAGUGCUCGGACAAUGCUUCCUAUCCACAGGACAGCUUGGCACAAAUAAAAGCUGUAUAUGCAAAUUUACUAUCAGAGUCUUGCUGGUCCACUUUAGCUUUAGAUUUGAAAAAAUCAAAGAGUAGUGAAACCAGCCCGAAGGAAAACACCACUGACAGCAACUCUAGUAUCAAUAUCCCAAGUACUAGUAUCAGCACUGGUACCAGUACCAGUACCAGUACAAGCAUCAGUAGCACUGGUAACAGUAACAGUGGUGGCUCAGGUUAUGACUGGCAUCAAGCGGCAUUGGCCAAAACCUUGCAGCAGACCUCAUACGGACUUCUCCCAGAACCCAGUCUAUUCAGCACAGUACAGCUUUACCGGCAAAACAAUAAACUCUAUGGUUCUGUGUUCACUGGUGCCAGUAAGUUUCGGUGCAAAGACUGCAGUGGAGCAUAUGACACGCUGGUGGAACUAACAGUGCACAUGAAUGAAACUGGACAUUAUCGGGACGAUAACAGAGAUAAAGAUUAUGAAAGGACCAAACAGUGGUCAAAGCCUAGGAAGCGAUCGCUUAUGGAAAUGGAAGGCAAAGAGGAUGCCCAGAAAGUGCUAAAGUGCAUGUACUGUGGUCAUUCUUUUGAAUCAUUGCAAGACUUGAGUGUCCAUAUGAUAAAAACAAAACAUUACCAGAAAGUGCCUCUGAAGGAACCAGUACCAGCCAUCACCAAACUGGUGCCUUCGACCAAAAAGCGAGCACUUCAGGACUUAGCUUCACCUUGCUCACCUGAGCCAACAGCGAUCACUUCAGACACUACUCUUAGUGAAGCAGCAAAGGAUCAGAAAACUGCCAAUCCCUAUGUGACUCCAAACAACCGCUAUGGAUACCAAAAUGGUGCUAGCUACACUUGGCAGUUUGAGGCCCGCAAAGCCCAGAUAUUGAAAUGCAUGGAAUGUGGCAGCUCUCAUGACACUUUGCAGCAGCUUACGGCUCAUAUGAUGGUCACCGGACAUUUUUUGAAGGUAACUAAUUCCGCCUCCAAAAAAGGAAAACAGCUAGUGUUGGAUCCUGUGGUGGAAGAAAAGAUACAAUCCAUACCUUUGCCACCAACCACCCACACAAGACUACCAGCUGCGAAUGUUAAAAAGCAGCCUGAGUCUCCAGCUGGAUCUACAAGCUCGGAGGAGAAGAAAGACACGGAGAAGGAAAAGGUGAUCAUUAAUGAAACAGACAAAAAAAUUAAAGAAGAGAACGAAGACACUACAGACAAGUUUGAGCCAACAGCCGUAUAUCAGUACCUCAGAGAAGAGGAUCUAGAUGAAAGCCCAAAAGGUGGGAUCGAUAUACUGAAAUCCCUAGAAAAUACCGUGACGUCGGCUAUAAGUAAGGCUCAGAAUGGAGCUCCUUCUUGGGGAGGCUAUCCCAGCAUUCACGCAGCUUACCAGCUUCCAGGAACUGUUAAACCCAUUCAGCCAGCUGUGCAGAGUGUUCAAAUGCAGCCCUCUUAUGCCAGCAGCGUAAAAUCAUUGUCUUCGGAGCACAGUGCACUGAUCCAUUCCCCAGGUAACUUAACGCCUCCACCGCACAAAAGCAAUGUUUCUGCAAUGGAAGAACUAGUGGAGAAGGUCACAGGCAAAAUCAAUAUUAAAAAGGAAGACAAACCUUCAGAGAAAGAAAAAUGUUCUCCAGUUAAGCCAUUGUCACCUGCUGCUAAAGAGAACAAAGACUUUCCAAAAUCAGAGGAAACCAUCAAGCAGCAGCAGCAGCAGCAGAAAAAGAAUCUAGAAGGAGAAGUUCAGAGGGUCAAAAAGGAUAGUCCAACAGAUCCUCAUACCCUUAAUGGAACUGAGCCACCUAAAGCAAAAGUCACAAAUGGCUGUAAUAACUUGGGCAUUAUCACAGACCAUUCACCUGAGCCAUCUUUCAUUAACCCACUGAGUGCUUUGCAAUCCAUCAUGAAUACCCAUUUAGGCAAAGUUUCUAAUCCUGUAAGCCCUUCUUUGGACCCUUUGGCCAUGUUGUAUAAAAUUAGCAACAGUAUGUUGGACAAACCCAUUUACCCAGCAACUCCGGUCAAGCAAACUGAUGCUAUUGACCGAUACUAUUAUGAAAACAGUGAUCAGCCUAUUGACUUAACAAAGUCCAAAAACAAACCUCUGGUUUCCAGUGUGACUGACUCCGUCUCAUCUCCUCUAAGGGAGAGUGCCCUAAUGGAUAUUUCUGACAUGGUAAAGAACCUCACAGGGCGCUUGACUCCCAAGUCUUCAACUCCGUCUUCUGUGUCAGAAAAAUCUGAUGCUGAUGGAAGCAGCUUUGAAGAGGCUCUGGAUGAACUGUCACCAGUACAUAAGAGGAAAGGUAGGCAGUCUAAUUGGAACCCUCAGCAUCUUCUGAUCCUUCAAGCCCAGUUUGCUUCUAGCUUGAGGGAGACUCCUGAAGGCAAAUAUAUUAUGUCGGACCUCGGCCCACAGGAGCGGGUGCAUAUCUCGAAGUUUACUGGUCUUUCCAUGACCACAAUUAGCCACUGGCUGGCCAAUGUGAAGUAUCAAUUAAGAAGGACAGGUGGAACUAAGUUUUUAAAGAAUUUGGAUACAGGGCAUCCUGUUUUCUUUUGCAAUGAUUGUGCCUCACAAUUCAGGACUGCUUCUACAUAUAUAAGUCACUUGGAGACACAUUUAGGGUUCAGCUUGAAGGACCUGUCCAAACUGCCACUAAAUCAGAUCCAAGAACAGCAGAAUGUUUCGAAAGUCCUUGCAAAUAAAACUCUGGGCUCACUAGGAAUUGCUGAGGAGGACUUGGGCUCCACAUUCCAGUGUAAGCUCUGCAACCGAACUUUUGCAAGCAAGCAUGCAGUAAAACUGCACCUUAGUAAAACACAUGGCAAGUCCCCUGAGGACCAUUUGAUCUAUGUAACUGAGUUAGAAAAACAUUAGCGUCCAGGUAAGCAGCCAAGGUAUGCAAGUGACCACAGGAACAUUGCACUAAAUUUCUUCAUAGUACUGCACUAGGCCUGACCUGAGCCUCUGAAAUCAGUCUUACUUUUGUUGCUGAACUGCCUAUCUGGACCUUGGUUUUUCUUACAUACAUUUUGUAGUUAUAUUUAUAAGCUCUUUGUCUGAUCUGUGCAUGUUUUUUUUUAAUCUUUUUCUUUUUUUUCUGUGAGUCAAAGUCUGACCUUUAUUUUCAACAUCUGUCCUUGAUGUUAAGCUAUCUUUUGUAGAAUAUAGCAGGAGACACUAUUGAGAGACGUUAAUUUAACAGUAAAGAAAGACACAAAGAACAAUACUAAAAAGACAUCCUAAAAUUACAAAGUUGCCAUGACAAUAAAGGUCACAGAACCCCCCUAGUGUCAGUUUUUUAACCCUCUGAGGACUGUAAUAGCAUUUCUGUGCCUUUCCCAAAAGAUCUUUUGUGUUCUGUUUUUUUUAAAGUUGUUUCAUCAUAAUCAGACUGUGUCACAAAACAAAUUUAAUUAUAUGUGUCAAAAAAAAAAGCUUUUAGAAAACAAAACUGCAGAUCCUAUUUGUGAAGAAAAGAUGCAUGCAGUUCUUUGAAGAUGGUGAAAAGCUAUCUAGUGCUCACGGGGUUACGAAACCACAACCAUGUUUAAGAAAAUUAAAAAAUAAGAAACCAAGUUUGCCACUAUGCCCCAACCCUCUGGAUGCUGAAUAUUGUCACUUGGUUGGCAAAAAAAAAGUAUGCAAGCUAUUUAAAAAAAAAUGUAAAAAUGCUCUUUCUUUUUUUUUUUCCCUGUAAAAUACUGCAGUUUAUAGUUAUUUACAAAUGUAAACUUUGGUACAAGCUGAACUUUCUAUGGUGUGCUGCGUUGGUACAUGAAAACAAAACAACAAUGGGGCAAGUGUUGGAUUGAGUUCCUUGUAAAUUGGCAGCAUCAGCUUAGGAAAAAAAAAGUAUAUGUUACAUAUCGUACCAUUUGAAACUGUUCACUUCCUUUGUACCUUCUGGCUGUAUGCUUUCUCUUUUAACUUUUUAUAUUGUCAUUUUAUAUUCAACUUCUGUGUAUAUAAUGUAAAACCACACUUUUUCGAAUAAAAUUUAGUUCCUUGCAGCUUGGUUAAAUAGAGAAAUUUUGCUGGCACCUGCAUCUUCCCAGAUGCAUGUACUCAAAGGAACUAUUUGACAAAAAUAAAUAAAGCAAGCAAUGCACUAUGAAUUAUACAUUUUGACGUUUUAUCAUUAAUAUUGUACAGGACAUUUUUUUUUGUUUACACAAUUAAAUCCACUGUUUUCUCAAGUGUAAAAUAAACCCACAUGCAGUUCUUGAUUUAU